AAUUUUGAAAGUGAAAACGAAAGUCGGUACCGGAUGUGAGCUAAGAGUAAACAAAUAGCGCGGGAAGUAAAUAAAAAAAAAAAUCAAUACAAUGGCGACAGACUCCAUGUAUUUAGAAAACUUAGAAGAAUACGUUAAUGACGAGGGAAAAAUAGUGACAUACAAAUGGCUCAGUCUGAAUCUACAUGUUCAUGUGAAUGAGGCGAAACAGAUGUUGUACACGUUUGUGGAGAAGCAAAGAAAGAAGAAAGAAAAUGUGACGGCCACUUACUUUGUGUCAGGUCUCUCUAAACCCAGGGAUGGAAUUCAGUUAUACACUUGUACUGUUGUACCAGAGGAAGAUCUGGAGUCAUAUAAAGACUCACUCUCCAUGAUCCACAGUGUCCAUGUAUACAGUGUACAGAAAGCCAGUCUAAAGGAUUCUAAUUCACUCUACACAGCAGACUACGACAGUGUCAAAGAAAAUCUGUUUGAUAUUCACAAGUAUAGUUCUAUAAAGUAUGACAAAGCCAAGCCAACUUCAGAUGUGAAGAGACCUCAAGCAAAGUCUGUGAAAGAAGAACCAAAAGUAAGUGUAAAUCAGGCCAAUGGCUCCACCACCACCACAGCUAAUGGUCACCCAACAAAAUCCAAAAAAGAUGCCAAGAAAGCAGGUAUUGCAGGCAUGUUUGCCAAUGCCUCCAAGAAAACGGAGGACAGUUCCUCAAAAAACACAGAGGACAAGAAAACUGAGGACCACAAACUUGAAACUGAGGGGCUCUCAGCGGGGCCGAAACAGGACAAAAAAUCACAGAAGGAGACCAAGAAGGGAGGUGUUAUGAAUUUCUUUGCCAAUCACACAGGUAAGAAAGGUGCCCCAAAAAGUGAAGAAAUCCAGAAAGAAGACAAACAAAAAGAGGAGAAGAAAAAAGAUUCGCAACCCAAACAAAAUGGUAAAGGGAAGAGGUCAAAAAAGACCAGAGAUGCAGACUCAGAUGAAGAGGGUGGCAGGAAGAAGAGAAGAAGAAUAAGAAUGGAGAUGUCUGACAGCAGUGAAGAAGAGAUGGACUAUGAGAGCCCUGCCCCCAGUCCUGUUCCCAGCCCCCCGAGGGACCCCUCUCCUGUCCCUAACACUCCCGAGAAAGAGAGUCCCAAAAAGGAGGAAGAAACUGUAAAACCCACACAGAACGGAGAAAGGCACAGAGUAAGAAGGCGGAAGUUGGUCCCCAAAACAUUCAUGGAUGAUGACGGUUUCAUGGUGACAGAGAAAGUCUGGGAGAGUGAAUCAACAGACGCCUCAGAUACAGAGCCCCCUCCCCCAGUAAAGGAAACGCCCAAAGCCGCCUCCCCACAGAAGAAAAAGGCCUCACCAAAGAAAAAGUCUCCCCCCUCUGCAGCCAGUAGGAAGCAGAUGUCGAUAUCGUCCUUCUUUGUGAAGAAAUAGACAAACAGUUGUGCUGUUUAAAGUUAUUAUAGUGCUGUUUUCCCCUAGUAUUUUCUCGU